CCCAGUGAAGUUCGUGGCAGCGCACAAAGACCCCAGCCGAAAUACAAAAAAAAAUUUACUCCAGGCGGAAGGAAAGCACAACAAGCUCCAGAAGAGGGCCACAAAUAUACAAUAAGGAAAACAAAUCGCCACCACAACAAAAGGACAUUUUCCAGCCGAGAAACUUGAUCCUGAUUCCUCGAUUCGCGUGGCCAACUCAGAAAUAAAAACGCUGGUUGUGCAGUGAAGCGCGGCUUUUAUUUUCGACACCACAUCAAUCCCACCAAAUAAAGAAAUCCCCUUAAGGGACACCCCCGCACUUCUUGUUUUUACGGGCUGCCAGAGUUGCCCCAUCGUCGCCAGGAGCCAGGAGAACUUCUCAAGACCAAGGCGUUAAAUCUGAAUUCCAUGGCAGCAGCCGCAUGGAGCUGGCUGUUGGCCCCAUUCCUGCUCCUCCACUUGACCAGUGCAGGAGCGGGCGGAGGAGGAGCAGGAGCCGGAGCAGGGUUGAGUGGUCCCUCAGUUUUCACUAGCUCAUUUUUGGUUCGUUUCCGUCGAGGAGUGGACAACGGGUUUGCCCAUGAAGUGGCCGACAAGUACGGCUUCGACAACCUAGGCCCGCUGGUCGGAGCCGAUGGACACGAGUAUCAUUUCAAGCACCGGACUCUUCCCCAUGCCCGUUCCAGGCGCAGUUUGACGCACACACGGGCCCUCAAGAGCCACCCAGCGGUGCAUACUGCUGUGCAACAGCCGGGAUUCAAGCGAGUUAAACGAGGUUUGCGGCCGGCAGUGCCCGCCAUUCAUGGCAUGAAGUUCGACCUGAAAUUGGGCGAGGCCAAUCGAAUUGAGGAGGAGCCCACCGACCCGUACUUCCCCAUGCAGUGGUAUCUCAAGAAUACCGGUCAGAAUGGCGGCAAAGUGCGGUUGGAUCUGAAUGUACAGGCCGCGUGGGCCCAGGGAAUCACCGGAAAGAAUGUAACAACGGCCAUCAUGGAUGAUGGCGUGGACUACAUGCAUCCGGAUCUGAAAUUCAAUUAUAAUGCCGAGGCCAGUUAUGACUUCAGCAGUAACGACCCUUUCCCAUAUCCACGAUACACCGACGACUGGUUCAACAGCCAUGGAACUCGUUGUGCCGGCGAAGUGGCUGCUGCCAGAGAUAAUGGAAUUUGCGGCGUUGGCGUUGCUUAUGACAGCAAAAUCGCAGGCAUUCGCAUGCUGGAUCAGCCCUACAUGACAGACCUAAUCGAGGCCAACUCCAUGGGCCACGAGCCGCACAAAAUCCACAUCUACAGCGCCUCCUGGGGUCCCACCGAUGAUGGCAAGACUGUAGAUGGUCCCCGGAAUGCCACAAUGCGUGCGAUAGUCCAGGGCGUCAAUGAGGGUCGAAAUGGUCUCGGCAACAUCUAUGUUUGGGCCUCCGGCGACGGUGGCGAAGAGGACGACUGCAACUGCGACGGCUACGCCGCCUCCAUGUGGACCAUUUCCAUUAACAGCGCCAUUAACGACGGCCAGAACGCCCACUACGACGAGAGCUGUAGCUCGACGCUGGCGUCCACGUUCAGUAACGGAGCCAAGGACCCCAAUACAGGCGUUGCCACCACGGACCUCUACGGCAAGUGCACGACCACCCACUCGGGCACCAGUGCGGCGGCGCCCGAAGCAGCGGGCGUCUUCGCCCUGGCCUUGGAAGCCAAUCCGCAGCUGACUUGGCGCGACAUACAGCAUCUGACGGUGUUGACAUCGAAACGCAAUUCGUUGUUCGAUGCCAAGAACCGCUUUCACUGGACAAUGAACGGCGUGGGUCUGGAGUUCAAUCACCUCUUCGGGUUUGGCGUUUUGGACGCCGGCGCCAUGGUCACACUAUCCAAGCAGUGGCAUGCAGUGCCACCACGAUACCACUGCGAGGCAGGAGAGCUUACCCAACCACAGGCCAUCGUCAUGGGUCGUUCGCUAUUCUGGGAGAUCAAAACCGAUGCCUGCAAGGGCACUGACACGGAGGUUAACUACUUGGAGCAUGUCCAGGCGGUGAUCUCGGCCAAUGCCUCUCGACGCGGAGAUCUUGAGCUUUUCCUUACGUCGCCAAUGGGCACCAAAUCCAUGAUCCUGUCGAGACGUGCAAAUGAUGAUGACCACCGUGAUGGCUUCACCAAGUGGCCCUUCAUGACAACUCACUCGUGGGGCGAGUACCCGCAGGGCACCUGGAAACUGGAGGCACGGUUCAACUCGCCGCAAACCCGGCAUGGCAAUCUGCUGGAAUGGUCGUUGGUUCUUCAUGGCACUAAGGAGGCGCCCUACCGCACCCUGCAUCCCUCAUCGCCGCACUCUAAGCUGGCCAUUGUAAAGAAGGCGCACGAGGACAAAAAGAUGAAGUAGGGCGGUUUGAGCAGAGGCGGGUCAGAGGUCAGGUCCAGAUAAACAUCCGCGUAGCGACGUCCAUUAGGCAGCUUGGCGUUUUAUCAACGAGUUUAGUGUGAGGUUCAAUAAAAGUGCUGGCUGUGUUUUAUUUUGGAAUAGGAUUGAUUGAGAUUAAACCAUUGGUUUCGAUUGUGUUUUUCCUUUAUGUAAUUUCAAGUAUUUGCUAUUUGUUUUGGAUUUGUCGAACUGAAAGUUCAUUUAAGCAAGUGAUGUUCUUUAACAUUUUAAUUUGUGUAAUAACUUUUCUGAUUUAGUGAGCUAAGCCACAAAAGCUAUUAAAAAUAAUUUAAUUCGCUGUUUGAACUAUUUCUGGAAAUUGCAAAGCGCACAUUAACGACAGUAGAAAAGGAAUCACAAAUCCUGCACCCAACACUAUGAUCCGUUGGGUGUUCUAGCAAACUCUGUAGUGAAUAUCAAAGACAACCACAUAACUAAGAACAAUGAAAACAGGUACAGCAGGUAUUUGGAGGUGUAGCAAGGUGCGAAGGUGGGAAAUAGAGAUAUAAACGAAAACUAGAACAAAGAAACCAGGAUAAACCCUAUGUAAAUGUGUAAUAUCUAUAUGUAUACAUACCCUAUCUUUAACUGCGUCCUAUGCCGUUAGACUCUUAAAUCUAUCUAGUAUAAAAUACAAACUAAACAAAGUAUUUACACGUAUUUUAAAGCUACGUCCUUUGUUUUCCAUACUAUAUAUACACGAAUAUACCUACAUGCAUAUACAUAUAUGUGUACUUAAAGGAAACUUAGAAAAAAAAACAUAAAAUGUUAAUCCCAUUCAAGCGGAACAAGUUUGUCGCUUCACUUUAGUUGCAAGCCAAAUUCUGCUUUUAUUUUUUCGAUACCACUCGUACGUGUGAAAUGCAUUUACAUACAUAGUUUUCCUUUCAGUUUCUUUCGGGGGCCAAAAAACCAAACCAAACAUAGUAACAUUAACAAGCGAUUGUAACGUUAAACGGAACGAGUGUUAUGUAAAAACAUAAACAAAUGUUAAAGUACAAGUGCAGAACCUUGAAUGGUGCGCAGAGAGUUUAGCACGUAACGUCAGAUGCAGAUACAGAUUGUUUUACCUAGUCUAAUAACUGAGAUAUAGCGCAUUGUUAAAGUUUAUCGAUAAUGUGCGAGAGGAAUGAAAAUAAUUAUAUAUAUAUACAGAACCAUAUAUGGAGUACAUACAUGUGUAAUUAUUAAUCAAAAAACCACAAGAAGAGCUGUUGACGAAAACUGUGGCAUAACCAUUAUAUAUACAUACACCGAAUAUUCAACUAUAUAUGCAUAAAUGUAUGAUACGUAUAUAUACAUAUAUAUAUACAUACCAUAAAAAUAAACGCAAGGAGUAUCUUAUGUGGCCGUUAAGUUGAUCUUUGAUGUUGUAGAUACAAAACAGUAGCACCCAAUAGAUGCACCAUACCACCCAAAACUAUUAAGAAAAUGUGUGAAUGCUAGAUGCUCAACGCAUCGAAAACCGAUUUAUGAUUGCAUAUUUAUUAACUUUCCAUAGCGCUCAAUAUGCUUUUGUCCUUUGGUGCGAUUUUGUCAUUUCCAUGUAAUUGAACAGAAAGAGAAUUUAAUUUUGUAAAUAAAAGUUAAGAAAAAACG